CACAUAUAGUUGAAACUCCGGUAAAGUAACACCUCUGGCGGUUUCACAAGAUGUGGUCGUUUAAACUAGUGGUUUUCACAAUAUUUUUGGUUUCUACCACUGCGAGACCCAGUAAUGGAACACCUCCGGGAAAUAAAAACCAGCAACCUUCUGAUUUAAUUACUACUCCUGUAACACCUGCAAAGAAUACUUCGACCACUGAAAGAGAUAUGCAAAAAACACCUCCGGGAAAUAAAAACCAGCAACCUUCUGAUUUAAUUACUACUCCUGUAACACCUGCAAAGAAUACUUCGACCACUGAAAGAGAUAUGCAAAAAACACCUCCGGGAAAUGAAAACCAGCAACCUUCUGAUUUAAUUACUACUCCUGUAACACCUGCAAAGAAUACUUCGACCACUGAAAGAGAUAUGCAAAAAACACCUCCGGGAAAUGAAAACCAGCAACCUUCUGAUUUAAUUACUACUCCUGUAACACCUGCAAAGAAUACUUCGACCACUGAAAGAGAUAUGCAAAAAACACCUCCGGGAAAUGAAAACCAGCAACCUUCUGAUUUAAUUACUACUCCUGUAACACCUGCAAAGAAUACUCCGACCACUGAAAGAGAGAUACAAAAAACACCUCCGGGAAAUAAAAACCAGCAACCUUCUGAUUUAAUUACUACUCCUGUAACACCUGCAAAGAAUAUUCCGACCACUGAAGGAGAGAUACAUAAAAAGCCAAAAACACCUGCGGGAACUGAAAAACCAGAAAACCAGCCACCUCCUGAUCCAACUACUCCUGAAACAACUACAAAGAAUAUUCCGACCACUGAAGGAGAGAUACAUAAAAAGCCAACAACACCUUCGGGAAAUGAACAAAACGGAACUGGAACAACUGCACAGGCUGAAGGUGGUGAUGCAGCUGAAAUAAAGGCGGAGAAGGGCAUGAGUUCGGGGGCCAUUGCAGGCACAUCUAUCGGCGUAAUAUCGGGGUGUGGGGUCUUAGCUUGGCUCGGAACAAUCGUGUACAAGCGCUUCUUUUAAUUCAAUUAUAGUUCAAAUAGAUUAGUAUCGUCCUAACAUUGUAUGUAAAUUUUAAAGCAAUAAGUUUAGGCUGGAACUUUUAAACUUUAUAGUCCUGUAAAUAAUUUCUUUUUUUUAGCUGCAACUAUUCAUAUUGUUUAGGAGAAAAUCAUUGUAUUUGUAUAACCUUGUAAAGCAUACAUAAUAAGCAAUUAAAAUAGGUUUAUGUGAGUAUUAUGUAUUGAACAUAGACUUUGAUCGCAUUCUUAUUGUAUAUUUAAAAUUACCUAACAAUUUAUUCAAAAUGUUCAGCUACAGUUUAUAGUUUAUAGUAUUCAAGAUAGUCAAGACUAAUUUUUGCUUGAAGUUAAGUAUUGCCCAAUGUGUUUUUUAAACAAAUGACUGAGAGAAUAAAUGAUUUUUUAAAUA